CCCGCGCCGCCGCUCGGCGCCCUUGACGGCAUCGUGAGCUCGCCGCAGCGCCUCGCCCGGGGCGUGCCCGACGCCCGCAAGGUGGCCGCCAUCUUGCGCGAGUUCAACCCCGUGGAGCUGCAGCGCCACCUGCUCACUACCGCCGCCGAGAACAAGUCUCUUCAAAAAGAACUUGCGAAAGCCUCAAGAUCAAGUGUACACCUAGUUGAACAGUUGGAUAAGGUUAAAGAUGAAAAUGAUGAUCUUAGAUUUCGGCUAGAAGAGAAGAGCAUAGAGUUGGAAGGUACUCGUGCCAGAGUUCGUGUCCUUGAAAGACUUCAACAGAAGACUGCUCCUCCCUUGGAGAUUAACAUGGAGCCUCCUAUGCUUCCUCCAGAUGCCACUACUAAUCCAAUAAUCCCUUUACUGGCUCUUCCCAUGCCAGUGGAAGAAAACAUUCACCACAGCAGUAGCACUGAGUCUGCUCAUGAUCAUGUUGUGGGCCCUCAGUCAUCAGAAACAACUGAUCAAGGAGAAACAAAGCGAGAAACUCAACAGCAGACUCCAAAAAAGCGACCAAGUAAAAUUCCACUUCCUGGAAUGAAAACGCAUAUCUCUCCCAAACCUCCUAGUGGGAAACUAGCUUCAACCAAAAGGAAAGACUCUCCUUCUGGUAGAGGUAAAUUGGAAAAUACAUCUCUGUCUGGAAGAAAUAUGAGAGAUGCUUCAUGGAAGAAUAGAAGUGACAGUGUUUCCUCGCUAGGAGGGAAGAACCGUGAAUCUCCUAGUGGACAACGCAGCUCAUCUCUUUCUGCUCGUCACAAUAGUAGAGAAUCUCUUUCUGGCAAUAAGAGUAGAGACUCAUUAUCAGCCAAGAGUCGCAGUGAUUCUCUCAAUAGCAAAAAGUAUAACAGUGAUUCAAUGUCCUCAAAUAGAACGAGAGAUGCAACAAGCCAAAAUAGUUUAUCUUCAAAUUCAUCCAAUAAAAAAGAUUCAAUUUCCAGCAAAGGUAAAGAAGUACCAUAUUCGUCUCCAGGAAGCAGAAAAGGGCAUCAUCAAAUGGCAGCUCGCCGAGUUAGUAAUGCAAGUAUUAAUCGAAGCAACCUCAUCGACCAGAGUGAUCAAAAUUCAAAGGUUUUGACAGCAUCUGAUAGCCUAGAACCAAAACUUUCUUCUUCCAUGGCUUCAAAUACAAAUGCAGAGUUAACAGAUGAGGUACUUGAUCAGCCAGGAGAUUCCUUUUCAGAUUCUUUGAAUAAUAUUCCAAAUCAGGACGUUGACUGUAUGCCAUACAAAUCAUCAGCUGACACUUUACCUCUUACCAGCUCAAUGUAUGAGCAACAUUCAGUCUAUCAAGCUUCAAAUGGCAAUAGUGCUCAACCUUUCCCAUGGCAUUCUUCCUCAUCAGAAUAUUUUGACAGCAUAAAUAAUUCUGAAAGCAUGUUCAAUAAUAUUUCUCUCCUAAGAUCUUGUUCAUAUUAUCAAGAACAACAGUUUCUUCAGUCUACCUCUGGGCAUGAGGGUUUGGCAGUAUGUGAUUCAUUAGAAAAUAAAGAGACAAAUGUAAUAGAGGUAACAAAACCUACUGAAACAUAUUCUGUGGAUGCUAGGUGUGCUAGUAAUGUGUGGAUUAAGUUUAAUAAGCAAUCAAAUGAAUGGUAGUUACUAAGGCAGAAAGAGAAGAGUUAAAACAGAUGUGAAGAAAUAUUGUUUUAUAAUGAUCAUGGAUUACUGCAUUGUGCCUGAAAUUGGUGUUUAGAGCACACAAAUUAAAGCAGCCCAAUUUUUUUUGUUAAUGUUGGCCUAGGAUAUUUAUAUUUUCUGAAAUACAGAGGUAAUACAUUGUAAAAAAAAGUAUCAUUAAUAAAUUAUUUUUCUGUCGUAUCUUUGAGGUACUUAUUUUAAGUACUGAAUAAUGUUAAACAUCAGUUAAAUAACUAUGAAUUAAUCACAUAGAAUCUAAAAUUUAAUGCCGUGCCUAUCUUGAAUAGUGUAAUAAUUUCUAGUCAUUUAUUGAGUUUACAGUGGUCCAUUUGAUUGUGAAAUAAUUUAAAGAAUUUUUUUUUCUCAAAUUAGAUUUAAAAUAUAUAAAUUUAUACUGAGAUAUAACAAACAAUAUUUGAUAGAUAUUCAUGGUCUUGGCAUUCAUUAGUUUCCAAAAGAAGAGAGAACUUGUUCUGAAAAACAUAGACUGAUUAUUGUUCCAGAACUGAAUUUCCAAAAAGUUAAAAAUAAGAAUUGCAAUGUAAUUAAAAUCAUUUCAAACUACUUCAAGCAAGUGUGAAGAGUUCUGAAGUGAAAACUGAAGAACAUUUUUCAUUCAUAAAAAUACGUGUCUUUAUUGUGAACAGUACCAUUCAUUUAUACAAAAAUAAAUAAAUAAACAUAUAUAAGCAAUUUAAAUUGAUGAUUUAAAUGGUUCUCUGGCUUCAAUAUAAUAAACUUGCACAUUAAGAAAAAUAACAAAUAAUUAUUAAAAUUCUUUUGAAAGUAAAAUAAAUUGUAAUGUUAAAAAAGGUAUGUCAUGAAGUGCAUUAUUUGAUCCACCAGGAACCGACCCUAGGAUUUUUGGUUAUCAAUAUUUGGUGUUUGGUAUUUUUUGUUCUGUAAAAUAAUUUUAUUACAAUUUAAUUGCAGUUUGUUUAGUAGCUGGGGAAUUUUAUUUUCCUAAAAAGAGAAUGCAGAGGCUGAAAUAGCAGAAUCCUAAUUAAAAUUCAAUGAUUAGUUUGAAAAGUGAUCUUUUAGGCUCCAAACAAAUGUGGAGACACUUUAAAGAAAUCUUAAAAACAUUUUCUUGGGUGUAAAAAGAAUUGAUACCCUUUUGAAGUAACUUGUUUCAUUAACUUGAAAAUUAUUUACAGCUAAAUAUAUAUAAUUUUGAUUUCAUAAGAGCUUUUCGUUUGCUGUUGUGGGUUGUACUACUGCAUCGGUUGAAAGGAAAAUCAAUUAGUUCAAAAAGUUCAAUUUAGUUAGAACAAGUCUACUGCUCUUACUACUUAUUUAAAAAUUUGUCAUUAGAUCAACUUUGUAAAAAGUCAGUGAAAUUGUUUCUUACCAAUAAUGAGUGUAUGUGGCCUAUAGUCUAAACAGUAGUAAAGUGUGUUGUGCGAGCGUGUAUCAAGAAUCUUAACUGUGAUAUUAUUAAUUGCAUUUUUAUAGUAAAAUAAACUUGAUCUCGAUUCAGAGAAUCAGGAAUCAAACUUGUAAAAUAGUUAUAAAGUUAAAAUUUGCUCACAAUGUAGUAGGUGAUUUUUCUUGUCUCCUUUGUUGUGCAAAAUAAUGUUUUCUAGAGUAUCUAAUAUUUAGAGUAUCUAAAAUUAGUAUACAUUUGCUCACAAACUGUGACUUCCUUUUGUAGAUCACUUGUGCUGUAAUACCUACAUUUACAAGUAUUCAGUUGAUACGAUCAUUAUAUUCUUAAAAGCAUUGUGCAAGAAAAUACAAUAUUGAUAUUGAUCAGAAAUGCAUAAGGCUGUAUAAAUGCAACAUAUCAUGUUGUGUCUGUGGCUAUGAAUAUUUCAUUUUGUGAUAGUAUUUUAUUAUCAAUGUAGAUAACAUAAACUAGAAUUACUUGGUUAUUCAGAGACUUCAAUGCACUUUCUUAUAUUUCCACUUGCAGUGUACCCUACAUCAUCAUAAUGAAACGACAGAAGAGUGUUUUUGAUAGAAUGUUGCAGAAAUGUGAUUGGUUGUUUGUUUGCUUUUGCCAUGAAUGAAACUAGUUGUGUGCUGAAUUACAUAAGUAGAUGGCAGAUGCAUCACAAACAGAUUAUUAUAGACAAACUGUAUUUGUAAAAUUGAGUAAAAUUUAAUAAGUAUGACUUCCUCCUCUGAGAAUAUACUCAUCUCUAUUGUAUUAUUUGUACAGAAUUAUUUUAUGUAAAUAUUA